GCUGGUCGCCUGAGCCCACGGCUUCCGGCGGCCAGACUCACGUUCUGCUGGUCGCUCUGAGGAGUGACGCGGAGGGGUCUCCUAGCGGCUCCUCCGGGCUGAGGUCCUGAGUGUCUAUAGAAGCUGAGGUCCAUCAAUCUCCAUUCUUCAAAAUGCAAUGGAACGUACCAAAGACUGUAUUCCGACUGGCACAUAGGACGUGCAUGGAACCACAUAAAGCCGGUCAUUUGGGACACUGUCAAAACAUAAAGGGACCAUUACUUUUGUAUACCUUGGAAUCCAGAGUGGUUGUGGUACAAGGCCCUCAGAAACGGUCGCUGCACUUACCCACUGCCCAGUGUAUUGCAAAGGAAAGGAAGCCAUUCAUUGCUGUUCCAUCCCAACCAUGGGUCUUUCACCAUAAACAGUGGGAGCAGGAUAUCUUAUCCAAGAGAGUUCUGUCAUCCAGUGCCACAUCCUCAGGACCUCCCUCCGAAAAAAAGGAAGAACCUGAUCCGUUACAAGACAGAUCUAUUAGUCUUUAUCAGCGAUUUAAGAAAACAUUUAGACAAUAUGGAAAAGUUUUGAUUCCAGUGCAUCUAAUAACUUCUGCUGUUUGGUUUGGAACAUUUUAUUAUGCAGCCAUAAAAGGAGUGAAUGUCGUUCCUUUUCUAGAACUUAUUGGGUUACCUGACAGUAUAGUGAACAUUCUGAAAAAUUCCCAGAGUGGAAAUGCACUAACAGCAUAUGCCCUGUUUAAGAUUGCAACGCCUGCGCGGUACACUGUAACUCUCGGGGGGACCUCCUUCACUGUGAAGUAUCUGCGUAGCCGGGGCUACAUGUCGACACCACCCCCCGUGAAGGAGUACCUGCAAGACAAGAUGGAGGAAACAAAGGAGCUCCUCACAGAGAAGAUGGAAGAGACAAAGGACAGACUUACUGAAAAACUGCAAGAAACCAAAGGAAAGGUUUCUCUUAAGAAAAAAGUGGAAUAGGGUGCCUUAUAUACCAGGUUUUAGACAGUUCUUGCACUUGAACCUUUGGAGACUAUGGACAAAGGUACAUGCUCUUGAUUUUUUUUUUUGUUAGCAGCCUAAAUAUAGCAGUUCUCUUGAGUUAAAGAACUGAGAUAACUUUAAACAUUACUAGAAAAAUCAGUUUUUUAAAAAGAAAAAAUGAACCCAGUAUAAGAAUUUCAUGGCAGUAGCAGCAUUAAGCAGUGGUCCAUGUCUUCAGUCAUCCUUGCUUUGGACUUAGUUGCAGCUGCUGACUCCUUGAAUAGCUGGUGUGGCUGUAAGCAGAUUUAACACUGGAUCUUCAUUAUUCACUGAGGCUUUAACUGUGAUCAGUUCUCAAUAUGGAGACAAAGGAUUAUCAUCAGAACUGGCUGUGAAUAAGAGGAUAUGUAGUCCUUCUGUGAAAACUAUAUAAUGGUUACAUACCAGUUAAAAUGUAGACUUCAAAUGAAGAAAGCUGAAUGAAAGUUGAGUCAUAUAUAUGUAAAUAAGAUGUAUGGUUACAUGUAAAUGAAAAAUUGACCCUUUAAAAACGACUUUUACCUGAAGCUUGUCAUAAUCAAAUUUUUAAGCAAAUCUGUGUGGCCAUAGCACUUUGUUACCCAGCACAUAAAACUCUUGUUAUUCCUACAUCAUGUCCUCUCCAGCUGAUCUCUCAGAGGAAAAGAGAAAUCAUUAUACCUGGAGUUUAUAGUGGGGAGCAAAUGCCCACAGCAGUGCCUGGAGCUUGUAUUCUCAGCAGUGCAGUUCUGGGAGGGUGGGACCUUCUUGCCCCUGCCGUCUGGUCUCCACCUGCCAGUGUCGGGCUUGAUUCCAUUAUGGAGUACCAUUUAAGAUUGUAAACGCUGUUUGCUCCUUGCAUUGAAACAUUCUUACUUGAAUAUUUUACUUUUUUUAAACAGCAAAGCUAUCAUUAAAACCAGCUUGAAAUGAAAUUCAGUCAUGGUCAGAUGUGAAAGUUGUCACAUCUGAGUGAGUGUGAUUCCUUUUGCUCUGACUGCCUUUACACCAGUUCUAACCUUAAAAUUGAAAGUGGGAACGGCCUCUUUCUAGUUUGUCUGUUAAGUGAUCUGAUUCGGUAAGAGGAUGCCAGAGGGAUUGCCAGAAAUAGUCCCACAGGUGUCACUGUUGCUUUGUGUGCCAAAGUGGCCAAAUUUAGAGAAUAUUUUGAAGGGAAAAAAUGUUUACAUUUGAUAUGUCUCUUGUGUUGGAUAUGCUGUGGUGACUCUUCUUGGUGGGGGAGGGCAGAGUAUGAAGGGGCAGAACUCACUCUGCCAUAUGCAGGGUUCAUCAGGCAGGAUGGUUUAUCUGCUAAUGCAGAUCAAACGUGUGAUUCCAAAUUGACAGUCCUUUUUCAAAUCCGGAAACAGUGAACCUGUUUUAACUUAUUAAAUAAUUCACAUCUUCUGAAUGUUAAAUGCUGAGAUAGAUAUUAACAAAUUUCUUGUUUAUUUUUAGUCACUAAG